AUGAUUGGGAAGCGAGUCUUGCAUGGGGACCUCAGUCCCAAUAAUUUUGUUGUUCAUGACGGUAUUGGUUACUUCAUCGAUUUUGAUCACGCCUCAAUUCUAGCGGGAGGCACAACUAGCACCUAUUCGCAUGGUACAGGGGCCAUGCCCUACAUUUCUAUCCGCAUUCUUCAGGCUAUGCUGGAUCUAGCCCCAUUUGAGGUUGGCGCCAACAUCACAGGCCAGGAUGCUGAUCCGAACAAUGUGGACGAUUUCAAGGUGGACAACAACGUCGACCUUGUUCUGCAGGCUGCUAGUGCUCUGCAGGAUGUCGACUUUGAUACGAAUCUAAUUGAACACCGGCCCAGCGAUGACCUCAAGUCCUUAUUUUACAUUUUCUUCGAAUUUAUUGCUAAGUAUGGGGGGCCACACGGCCAAUUGGCACCCACCUGGUCCCGGCAAACUUUGCCGUGGGCAAGCCCUUAUGAGGCUUUGGGCAAUGCAGACACCCAUUUGGCUCUGAGUACAAUCUGUUUUGCAAAGAUGGGGGUUUUGAUGCAAGGCAGAUUCUUGGUCGCUAAGACAUCUGAAUACUUUGCGGAAUUCUGA